GACAAUCCUAUUGAUUUUUGUUUUUUACAAUUUCGAACACAGCCGUAGCUCAAAUCUGUUGUAGAGUGACUAUUAACAUGGCAACCGUAGCUCUCUCCCACCUUCCGCCCUCCUCCGCCGUACGACUCUGUUCCACUACUAAAACCUCCCCUUUUGCAUCGCGCAAUUGUUCUGUCAAAUGCUCUUCGCAUCCAUCAUUAGCCGACCAAUCUUUGCAGUUCAAGGAAGCUGCCCGGCAGGGGAAUUUGAUUCCGCUCUACAGGUCGAUUUUCUCCGAUCACCUGACGCCGGUGCUGGCGUACAGGUGUUUGGUGAAGGAAGAUGACAGGGAAGCUCCAAGCUUUUUGUUUGAGUCUGUCGAGAGGGGGAAAAUUACAAGCAUUGGGCGGUAUAGUGUCAUUGGUGCUCAGCCAACUAUGGAGAUUGUUGCAAGAGAAAACCUGGUCACAAUUAUGGACCACCAUGAAGGGAAAAAGACAGAGAUGUUUGAAGAGGAUCCUAUGGUCAUUCCUCGUAGGAUUAUGGAUAAGUGGACUCCCCAGUGUCUUGAUGAGCUUCCUGAUGCAUUUACGGGUGGUUGGGUUGGCUACUUUUCCUACGAUACGGUGCGCUUUGUUGAGAAGAAGAAAUUGCCAUUCUCAAAUAGCCCUUUGGAUGAUCGGCUCCUCCCUGAUCUUCACAUUGGACUCUAUGAUGAUGUUGUUGUAUUUGAUCAUGUGGAAAAGAAAGCAUGCGUAAUACACUGGGUGCAAUUAGACCGCUUUGCAUCGGUUGAUGAGGCGUUUAAUGAUGGCAUGAUUCGCUUAGAAGCAUUGUUGUCGAGAGUGCUCAACAUAGUACCCCCUAAAUUAGCUGCAGGAUCAAUAAAAUUACAUACAAAUCUGUUUGGUUCAGCACUGAAGAAGUCAACGAUGACUAGUGAAGAGUAUCAGGAAGCUGUUCUGAAAGCUAAAGAACACAUCCUAGCAGGGGAUAUUUUCCAAAUAGUUCUCAGUCAACGGUUUGAAAGGCGAACGUUUGCAGAUCCAUUUGAGAUAUACAGGGCAUUGAGAGUUGUUAAUCCAAGUCCAUAUAUGACUUAUCUGCAGGCUAGGGGGUGUAUACUUGUUGCUUCAAGUCCCGAGAUUCUUACCAGAGUUAAGAAGGGAAAAAUCACUAAUAGGCCGUUAGCAGGGACUAUUAGGAGAGGGAAGACACCUAAAGAGGACUACAUGCUUGAAAAUCAACUUCUACAUGACCCCAAACAAUGUGCAGAGCACAUCAUGCUGGUUGACUUGGGAAGAAAUGAUGUGGGAAAGGUUUCUAAAUUUGGUUCGGUGGAAGUCGAGAAACUCAUGAACAUUGAGCGAUAUUCUCAUGUUAUGCACAUUAGUUCCACGGUUACUGGAGAGCUCCUUGACCGUUCAAGCAGUUGGGAUGCUUUGCGUGCUGCAUUGCCCGUCGGAACUGUCAGUGGCGCCCCAAAGGUGAAGGCCAUGGAACUGAUAGAUGAGCUUGAAGCGACGAGGCGCGGACCCUACGGUGGUGGAUUUGGGGGGAUUUCCUUUUCAGGGGAUAUGGACAUAGCCCUGGCUUUGAGGACCAUUGUUUUUCCAACUGGAGGGCAUCAUGACCUAAUGUACUCCUACAAGGACGUAAACAGACGAAGAGAGUGGGUCGCCCACAUUCAAGCUGGGGCAGGUGUUGUGGCUGAUAGUGACCCCGCCGAUGAGCAGAGGGAGUGUGAGAAUAAGGCUGCCGCUCUCGCCCGAUCCAUCGAUCUUGCUGAGUCAUCAUUCAUUCCCUAGAGCACAGGAUGUUCUGAAAACUGCAUGGUGAGGUUUUUUGUUUGUUGUUCAUCAUCCCCAUUUCUCUCAUUGUGGUUUUUUUGACAAACACAUACAGAGUAGCAUUUUAUUUUAUGUUGAAAUAUAACAAUAGCGUUAUGUUGUCACAUCAGCGGUUAGCCCCCCACCCCCACCCCACACACACAGAAUGAACCACAUCGACAUCAUCUACUACAUCAAUGAUCUAUUUAAUGGUAAGCUCUUCUCAUGUCUUGGAGUAUCAAUAUUGUGAUAUAUGAGUGAUAUACGUACACAACAACAUUCGGGACACGUCUUGCCACACCCCUUUUACAGUAAAAGUUUUACAUCCGA